AUGGAAGGAGAUCGAGGGGCCAACAGGAUGAAAACACCGACAGCCCAGUUGUUGCCAGAUGAACAACUAAUGGCACUACAUCAACAGAUGGUAGAAAAAGAGGUAUCCUAUCAUCACAAGUUACAGAAUUCGCAGGAAGCACAGCAUAGGCAAGCAGUCCUUGUACAGAAGCUACAGACAAAGGUGAUACAAUAUCGGAAUUGGUGUCAAGAGCUAGAGCAGCAACUGGAAGCAAGCAGAGGGUCCUGUCCACGUCAGUGGGAUCGCAAAGAAGACCAGAGCCUGGAGAAAGCACUAAUCCAGCUGGAAGAGGAACAGCAGAGAUGUGAAAAUUUGGCUGGGAUGAACAUUUUGCUCCGGGAGCAUCUGGACAAGGCCAAUGAGGUGAAUGAAGCUCUCCGAGAAGAUAUCAACAAACUGACAGUUGAUUGGACAAGGGCCAAGGAAGAGUUGGAGCACAAGGAGAGGGAAUGGCACAAAGUGCGGGAGCACUUUGACAAAUAUAUGUGGGCAGAACAGGAUCGUAUCCUCGGUAUAUGGCGUCAGGUGGUGACCUUGCGCCGUUAUUUCCUGGAGAUGAAGACAGCAACUGACAGAGAUUUCUCAGAGUUACGUGCUGAGCAAGUAAAGCUGUCUAGCACUAUACUUGUCAAUUGCUUUCGCCUAAACUCCGAUCAACAGUCUUGGGAGGCUAGGCGAUUAGGAAGCCCUGACCUGAAGGGUCAGAUCCAACAGAAGCAAUUUGAUGUGAAGCCUGAGAAAAUUGAUCUGAAUAAAGAUAUAUGCCAGAAAGCACAAGCAUUCAGCAGUGGAGACUUGGUGAAAGAAGAUCUUCGGAGCAGGGUGAUGGAGCUUACUGAAUUACUUGAACAGUCUCAAAAGCAGAAUGAGGAAAAAGAGAAGACAAUGAAGGCUCUUGGAGACACUGUGGAGAUUCUGGGCGCUAAUCGUUUGGAGCUAGAAUAUGAACAUUCACUGAUUAAAGAUGCAAAUGAAGAGAUCCUUUUCCUUCAGCAUGCGAUAAAAGAAAUAAUAAAAGUAGUAAUCGAUGACAACAACACAACAGUUGGCAACCCAGAUGCCGAGAACUGUCCUGAUCCCUUCAGUCUCUUGCAGAUGAAUGCCUGUGACCCAGAGGGUGCUGUUAUUUUAGUGCGUGAUGUCCUAACUAAGAGGAGCAACAAGGUGCAGCACCUGAAGCACCAGCUCUUAUCCAGUCAGAAGUCUGUCAGCUCCCUGGAGAAACAACGAGAGCAGCAGGAAGAGGAAUGUAAAUUCCUAAGACAGAGGCUCCAGCAACUAGAAGGAGAACAAGACACGCUCACUAGCCAACUGCAGCAUUUCCAGUCCAUGGUGGAGACUCUUCGCAGUGGCCAUGCAAUCUUGGAAAAGUCCAAAGAAGAACUGCAACAGCAACUGGAAGUCCUGGAAGAGGAGGCCCGGCACUUACGCCAAAGCAACACUAAGCUACAUCUGAAAGGCGACACAGAGGUCAGGGAGAAAGAAGACCAGCUGCAGGAGAUGGAAAGGGUACUGAGAGACAGAGAGUACAUUCAGAAACGCUUAAAUGCCCUUGAAGAAAAGCACUCAUUGUUAAAGAAUGAGUUGGUGGCCAAGGGAGAAGCUCUGAAAAAGUCUCACCUUGAUGGCGAGCUUGUGAAGCAAGAAAAACAUGAACUUGCUUUGGCACUGGAUAAGGCUGAGCAAUCAAUUGCAGAGUUAACCUUGGCACAAAAUAAACUGGUAAUAGAAGCUGCUGAUCUUCGUGAGGUGACUGCAAAGAUGAGUGCCCUUAAUGAGUCUUUAGCACUGGACAAAGUGGAUUUAAAUCAACUUCUGUUGAAGUUGGAGCAGGAAAACCAGUCCCUGUUGAAGAAAGUGGAUAACCUGGAGGGAAUUAGGAUGUCUUCCAAGAAGCGGCUCAAUCAGACUGAAAGAACAAACAAGGAACUACAGUCAGAGAAGAUGCAAUUGGAGCAGUUGUUACAUCAAGCUGAAGAAAUGCAAGAAAAUUUGCAGGAAGAGUUGAGAAUUUUGAGAGCUGAACAUAAAGAGACACAUGAAGAGCUCAGUCAGGCUCGUCACCAGCAGGGAACAUCUAGAACUACUUUGGAACAAGCACAUCAGGAGUCGAGUCAUCUUCGGGAGGUGCUAGCUAAGGUUUCUAGAGAAAAAGAAUUACUAAUGCAUGAGAAAGCAGCGUUGGCAGUCAGACUAGAGGCUGUUGAACGAGAGAGACAGACUCUUACACAGCAGGUGACAGAGAUCAGAUUAGCAAAGGAACUUCUGGAAGCAAGCCUAUUUCAGGCUCAACAGCAUGUGUCCGAACUAGAAGUCAUCAGGAGUCAACUGGAAAUCCAAGUUCAGACAAUCAGCGAGGCUAAGAAAGUGAUACAAGGAGAGGUGAAAUGCCUUUCUAUUGAACUGGAAGCUGAGAAGUCCAAAACUGAGCAAGAAAAAAGGGACAAAGCAGAGCAACUGUUGGAGGCAGAACAGAAAUAUCAAGAAACCCUUAACCACUUCCAAACUGUGCAUAAGGAGGAAAUGAUCACAGUCUUUCAAGAGUUGGAAACUGAACGAGAGCGGCACUGUAUAGAAUUACGGGUGGUGUUGGAGCGUGUGGCCAAGGAAAAAGAAGAGAUCGAAAGUGUGUAUGACAGGAAACUAUUGGAGCUACAGCAGGAGAUCAGUGCUGUACAAACACAAGUGGAAGGUGAUCUCAUUCAGGCUAAAAAAGAUAAGCAAGAGGUGUUGCUAGAAAAAGACAGUGAGAGGAAAUCUUUACUAGAGGAACUUACCCGAACCAAAGAAGAACUGACCAGUACUUGUCAGCAGCUGGAGCAUCUCCAUCAGGAGAUGAAGAUGCAUGAAGAGCAGAAGCAGAGUGCUUUACGAAGUUUGGAAGCUGAGCUUAAGGAUGCUCAAACAACCAUGGAAAUGCUGGGGGGAAAGCACAAGGAGGAGAUAAAAUCACUCAAAGGAGAAAUAAACUUGCUCCUUCAACAGCGAGAUGCUUUGCAAAGUCAGGUACAAGAUUUGGAGUCCCAGCUCUCAACAGCAAACGAUUCUUGCCAGUUAAUUAGGGUGGAGGCUCAGCAGCGUUUAAGAGAGGUGCAAGAACUGACCAGACAGAAGGCAGUGGAAGUUGCAGAACUGCAGAAGAAGCUGGAAGCUGAGCGAGGACAGCGAGAAGAGAUGGAACAUCAGAACACUGAGCUGCGGAGCCAGAAGGAAGAAGUGGAGCAUUGGAACGCAGAACUGAGAGCGACACUGAAGAAACAGUGGGAGGAAGAACAAGGUCUGAACAAAGAGCUUAAGAACAAGCAGGAAGAGGCGGAGCAUCAGCAUGCCACAAUCCAACGCCUAGAAACGGAGCGGAGCCAGUGGGAGGAGGAAGAGCGUAAAAAUUCAGAGCGGCAUGCUGUACUCCGGAGACAGUGGGAGGAGGCAAAAUGUCAAAAUAAAGAGCUGCAAAGGCAAAAAAGGGAGGCUGAGCUUCUGAAUGUAGAGCUGCAGCACCAGAAAGAGGAGUUGGAACGUCAGAAUGCAGAGCUCAAGUCCGUUCUGCAGAGGCAGAAGGAGGAGGCAGAACAUGAGUGUGCGAUGCUUCAGAGCAGCUGGGAGGAGGCACAACAACGUUACUCAGAGGUUCAGAGCUGGAAGGAGAAAAUUGAACGUCAGAACACUGAGCUGCAGUCCCUUCUCCGUAGCCAGCAAGAGGAGUUGGAAUGUAAGAAUAUGGAGUUGCAGAUGAAACAAAAGGAGAUGGAUAAUCAGAAUGCUGCAGUACAGAAGAUGAAGAAGGAGCAAAACCGAUGGGAAGAGGUGGAAUGCCAGAAUACAGAGCUGAAGGCAACGUUGCAAGCGCUGGAACAGGAAAGAGCCAGCCUGGCUGGGUCCUUGAAGGAGAAGGAGGUCAAGCUCAAGAGGCUGCAAGAAAGUGACUGUGCCCAUCAGAGCGAAGUCACCAAACUAAACACUGCACUGCAGCAAGCACAGCAGCUGCUGGCUGACCACAGAAGAGACGCACAGGAGCUCGGCAACCAGAUGCAAUUGCUCAGGCAGACGAUGCUAGAGAAGGAAGCAGUCUUGAUCGGACACAAGGAGAAGGAAGCAGUCUUGACUGCACACAAGGAGAAGCUGACCCAGGACCUGGAUGAAGCACGUGCUGGCGAGCAACGUUUGAGAGACUCUGUGAAGAUGUUGGAAGCUGAAGCAUCUCAGUUGCGCCUGAGCCUUUCUGGCACAGAGAGCAGGGCAGAGGCACUCGCUUCAGAAUGCCAGCGUACUUGUUUGGCCCGUUGGGAGGCACAGUCCCAGUUAACCAAGCUGCAUUCUGUUCUGCAGUACAUGUUGUGUAACGACUCUGAAGAAAAGCUGGAGCAUGGGGGGAGAGGAGAUCGAACCACUGGGAGUUCCACCUCCCCUUGUAAAGAACAGGGCGAUGUGAAGGGAAUGGCUGUACUUCAGCUGAAGGACCUCUCUACAGAGCUUACAGUGGAGAGAGUAGCAGAAGCAAUCCAGGAUCUGAGGCAGGAUGUCUGGCACGCUCGCCGAGAACGGGACGAGAUAAGGAAGAAUUCUGAGAAACUGAAGCAAGAACUAACUGAAAAGGAAGUUGAGAGAGAUCGUAUCAGUGCAAAAGCACAAGAGCUGCAAAAGUGGUUGGACCAAAGCCAAGAAGAAAAAAAGAUGGCCGAUGGCAAAUGCGUCUCCUUGGAAUCUGUCUUAAAAGUAGAGGUCAUUGCUUUCAAAGAAGAGAAUGUGACUUUGCGUGCAAAAGUGACCACUUUGGAGAAGUCUCUAGAGAGGGCGGAGAAGCAAAAGAAGGAUGCAUUGAAUGAACGAGAAACACUACAGAUGGCAAAGGACAAGAUGGUAUGGGAGCUGGACCUUCUUCGGGAAUCUGUCACAGCCUCUGAGAUUCGAGCAAAUGCCAUGGAAAAGAUGAAUCAGUCCCUGGAGCAGGAGCUUCAGGCUGCUCUCUCGGCCCUCAGAAUUAAACAGGAGGAAGUAGAGACUCAACAGGAAAGACUCAUGACAUUACAACAAGAGGCAAAAGUGGGAAAAGACUUGCAAGAAAAGCUAGAUCACCUAAUAGCUACUGUAGCAAAGAGAGAUGAAGACAUAGACUCCUACUUGAAACAGAUCAGGGAUCUGGAGAGGCACAGAGAAGUGCAAAAGGCUACUGUAGAACAUCUUACUAAAGAUUUAGAGAAGAAAGGUCAAGAAAUUGAAUCUCAAAAAUCACAGUUUGAAGAACUAGGAAAGCAGAAUAAACUACAGACAGCUGCACUGGAAAGACUAAAUCUAGACCUAGAAGACAGCCUCCAAACUAUGCAAUCUCAAAAAGAAAAGAUUCAAAAACUAGAAGAGCUGACACAAAGCCAAAGAACUGUAAUAGAAAGCCUAACCCUAAAUCUAGAGGAAAAAACAAAAGAUAUUCAAAUCAAGGAAGAAAAAAUCUUUAUUAUAGAGCAGAAUGAGUCAUCACAAAUUGGAGCUUUGUUAAAAGACCUAGAUGAAUUAAAAGAACAGUUGAGUGAAAAAGAUUGGGAGCUCACCUCUCAGAAGCAGUUGCAUCAGGAACAGGGGGAACAGGCAGAAAAGCAGGUAAAGGCUCUGCAGACAAGCCUUGAACACAUGAAGGCCAUUCUCAAGGAUAAAGAAAGGGAGGUAGAAUCUCAGAAGGAACAAAUAACUAGUUUCCAGCAGUGUGUGAUUCAGAGGGAAGCACAACUCCAUCUGCUACGUGAGAAAGUAAAAAACGUAACAUUCACCCUGACUCAGAGAGAUCAAGAGCUUGAAUUGCAAAAGCAAAAAAUAAGAGAAAUGGAAGAAGAAAUGGAAGUGGAACUAAAGGCUCUUCAUGAACUUCUUGCAAAGACCCAACCAACCUUAAAGGAAAGGGACAAAGAGCUGGAGUUCCAACGGCAACAUCUAGAAAUGGUGGAAAGACAGGUAAAAGAUUUACUUGGAGAUAUCCAGUGCAGCACAGUAGCACUAAAGGAGAGAGAUGAUAGUAUUGAGAAAGAAAAAAUAAAGCACCUCAGGAAACAAGAAGAUGAACUUCAGUUGCAGGAGACAGUUCCUGAAAUGUUGGGAAAACUCAAAGUGGUAUUAAGAAGAAGAGAACAAGAAAUUGAAUCCCUGAAGCAGCAGUAUGAGGAUCACAACAAACAGACGGACAGACGGCUGAGGGAAGUGCAAGAAGGGCUUCAAGAAGCAAAACAAUCUUUGAGAAAUAGAGAGAGAGAGGUAGAGUCCUUAAAGGAGGAGAACUGCCAGCUUCAGCAGCGAGAGGAAGUGGCAAAAACACAGACCAAGUCUAUCUUGGAGAAACUGGAGUCUUCCAAAUCUUCUCUUCAAGACAGAGACCAAGAGAUUGAAUCCUUACAAGGGCGUGUUCAAGAACUCUCAAGACUGACAGAGCUGAAAGAGAAUAAUCUAGUAAGACUACAGCAGAAUCUAGAUAGAAUUAAUCAAAUAACAAAGGAGAAAGAUGAAGAAAUUCUCAAGCAGGCCAAGCAAAUUAACAUAUACCUUCUUGAAGUGGAAACCACACAGGCAGAACUACAGGCAUGUAAGAGUCAAGUAAGUCAUCUUGAGGAAGCAAUUAGAAAGAGAGAGUGUGAGCAAAACUUCCAAAACUGCCAGCACAAACAUGAACAGGCAGAUAUGCAUCAUCUUCAAGUUUUGGCAGCUGAAAAGGGAAAUGAGAAACAUCCCAGAGAAAAAGAGGAAAUUGUAGAAGAAGAUCAGGAAGAAAGGGUCAGGAUGAAUGGUCAGCGUGAGAGAGAGCAAAAGAAAAUGAACGAUGAGAUUAAGGAAUUUCAGGAAAAUAUACAGUAUCAACACAUAUUGGAGAAGAAAGAUGAUGAGAUUAAGCAGGAGAAAGAGAAGGUCAAACAACUAGAAGAGAAAAUUAGAGGCAAAGAGGAGGAAUUGCAAAUCUGCAGUGAACAUCUCAAGCAAAUAAUCUCAGCCCUGAGACUGCAAGAUAGUGAACAGGACAAUGUGAAGAACCAUAUCCAAAACCUCCUGGUGUUGAAGGAAGAAGAGGCAGCAAGGAGGAAGGUAUUUCAGGAAAAGGAACAGAAGUGGGAGUGGCAAAAGGAAAAAAUCCAGCAAUUGGAAGAGGAGAAAAGAAUGAAGGAGGAGGAACUGGAUUGUUUGAUGGCUGUUCUUAAGCAGACUGAGAGUGCAGAGAUAGAAUGGAGAGAGAAAGCUCAGAAGCUGGGUCUGUCCCUGUCCCAAAGUGAAGAGGCACUGAAAGCCCUGAGGAAGGAAGUGGGCAUCAUGCAAACCAUGGUUUCAGAAAGGGAUAAGGACAGGUUUCAUAUUCAGGAGCAGUUGAAUAAAGCUUUCAGAGCACUGGAGGAAGAGAGACAUAUUACUAAAGCUCUGACAGGAGAAGUGGAUUUGUUGCCUAGAGAAAAUGGUGUGUCAGAAAUGUGGCCUAAAGAGGCUGGAGAGGCUGUUAAGAAAGAGGGAGAGCCGACAUGGGCAAUUGAAAGGAGACUGCUGUACAGGCGCCUGAAACUUCUGCAGGAAGCAGUUGCCAGGCUGGAGAAUGACAAACAGGGUUUGGAGCAGCACAAUAUACAGCUCAGAGGUACACUUGAGCAGGUAGAACGUGAACGGAGGAGACUGAAAAGGACCUGUGGAGACCUUUCUCUAAGCUUCAGUCUCUCUCAAGCAGACUCAGGCCCUUCAACGAGUCCAGCUGUUGCAAAAGAAGAAACUCUCUAUAAGCAACUAGCAGACUUAAGAAAGCAGGUGUCUGUGCUACAAACACAGCUAUCACUAGAGCGGAAGCAGAAACAGGAUUAUAUUGACAGCUGUGCCAAAACAAGCCAGGAACUUUCCGGUUUACAUCAGGAACUUUCACAGUCUUUAAAUGUUGUAGCCAGGGAGCCUGAGGCUACUGUCCUAGCAUCUGAGACCCGCAAACUUGAUGAAACCCUGAACCACAGCUUGGCACUGACAAAUAUAAGCUGGGGAGGCAUCUUGUCAGGAAAAUACCCAAUAAGCUCAACACCCAAAACAGUCCAACAGAAAGAUUCAAGAUAGCAUGGCGGUGCUGAAGACGCUGAAGCAUUUUAGAUACAU